AUGAGACCCAUCCUUCUUGCCGGGCACGAGCGUGCGCUCACCCAGAUCAAAUAUAACCUCGACGGCGACCUCAUCUUCUCUGUCGCAAAGGACCAGCAGAUCUGCGUCUGGUUCUCUCACAAUGGCGAGCGUCUAGGAACCUACCACGGCCACGUCGGUGCCAUCUGGACCGUCGACGUCGACCCGACCUCCACCUACAUUGCCUCUGGCUCAGCCGACAACACCAUCCGCAUGUGGGAGGUCAAGACCGGCAAGUGCCUCAAGACUUGGGAGUUCCCUACCGCUGUCAAGCGCGUCGAGUUCAACGAGGACGGCACCAAGCUGCUGGGCGUCACCGAGAAGCGUAUGGGUUACCUCAGCAACAUUGUCGUUAUCGACAUCAACCCGGAUAUCACCGCCGAGCAGACCGACGAGAAGUCCCUGACCAUUGUCUGCGACGAGAGCAAGGCCACCGUAGCUGGCUGGAGCCAGGCUAGCAAGUACAUCAUCGCCGGCCACGAGGACGGCAGUGUCAGCCAGUACGACGCCAAGACCGGUGAACUGCUGGACAACGUCCCCAUCCACGAGCUCGACAAGCCCAUCGUCGACCUGCAGUGGUCGCCCGACAGGACCUACUUCAUCACUGCUUGCCGAGACAAGACCGCCAAGGUACAACCUCUUCCACAACCCCCCCCCCCCCCCCUUGACAUGAUGUUGAAUUCUGACAUGAAAUCUUCACACCAGCUCAUCUCCGCUCGCGACCUCGCCACCCUCAAGACAUACACGGCAGACACUCCUCUCAACAGCGCCACAAUUACCCCCAAGAAGGACUUUGUCAUCCUCGGAGGUGGUCAGGCCGCCAUGGAAGUCACAACCACUUCCGGUCGCCAGGGUAGAUUCGAGGCUCGAUUCUACCACAAGGUCUUCGAAGACGAGAUUGGCCGUGUCCGUGGCCACUUCGGUCCCCUCAACACCGUCGCCGCCGACCCUACCGGCCGCUCCUACGCUAGUGGAGGUGAGGACGGUUACGUCCGUGUCCACCACUUCGACAAGGGCUACUUCGACUUCAACUACGAGGUUGAGAGGGAGCGACUGAACCGACUUGACGCUUAG